AACAGCAGUGGAGUGGUACUGAACUUGCACAUGGGGGCACUGAGGCCCCAUUGAGGACUUCAUCAAUCGGUUUAGCCUCUGUUACUUGGGGUUCUACCGCAGCAAGGAGACAACCGCCGCGCGGUCGCCCUGAAGAGGUCGUGCUACCGCCUCCGCCAGGCUCUGGAAGUGACAGGCACACAACACGGAGGGGCGGGCUUUCUUGGAGUCUCUGCACCUUGUUAUUGGUUGUAAUCAGGCAAUUGUAUAACGUAGAAUUUCGGACACGAUGUCCAUGAUGCGCAACUGAAUAUGAUAAAUUCGAAUCGACUUCUUUCGCCGCUGUACACAGCCCACAGGACAGAUUGAUCACGUAAUGCGGCGUAACACAAUGCUCUUUGACUGAUCAUCCACUAUCAUCGCAGCACUUCCUGGAAUAAGAAAACUAUUCUGUUGGUUUCCUUGGGGGAGACCGGAGCAUCUGCAAAGAGGACAAUCGCUUUCUUCACAACCUGGCAAAGAAAACCGUUGAUGUAUUUCCACCCCCCCGGAGUACUUUCAGUGAUUGCUGUUACACCGAUGAUGUAGCCGUUAAGUCUCACAGGAGGUCCGGUGGUGGAGCACACGAGAUCAACAUGGACAACCUCUCUGGCAGCCUGGAUUGACCUCUCUCAAGAUUUAAAAGCUGGCAGACAUUUUAUUACCAGGUUUCCACCCAGUUGUAACAUGGAAUGUUCUGGAUAGCCCUUGAAAAUCAAAAGCAAGGAUUGGAUCAAAUAAACCUUCCAGUCAAUGCAAAGUAUGGCUCAUGGGUGGGAUUCAUAUUUCCACAACCUACCACCUGUGUCUUCCGAUCCAACAACUUUGACAAGGACAUUGGAGUCUGAACCUUUAGAAAACUUCAUAGAUCGUCAUGACUUCAGUGAUACAGUGUUUUCAAGUGAAGCACCUGCUGCAAACUCAAACCUAAACACAAACUAUUGCUCAAAUCCCAAUAUUGGAAAUUCCAGUGCAGACUGUGUUUCUCAAAACUAUUGCAGAGAAACACCAUGGCAAGCUGAUGGAGAACAAGUAGAAAAACAUUACUCACCAAGCUGUGGAAAUGGUGCUAUCCCAAACUUUACCACUGAUGGAUUAUCAACAUCUAUUUCUUUUCCUUCAUCUUUUGCAACAGAUUUUCAAGGACUUAAGCAAGACUCUGAAUUGCUAGAUACACCAAUUCUUGAAGACUACUCGGAUGUCAGUAGCUGCUACUCGGAUGCAGAUGUUGGUGGCACAAGACCGUCUUGUAAAUUCAUGGCAAGUAAUCCAGUUCCUAAGUUUAAAACUGAUGUUGGUCCUAAACACCACUCAUUAGAAUGGCUUUUCAGCCCUACUGGAGAUACAUUUCCCAUUGAGAGUCUGUGCCCUAAAAUUUCAGAGACUAAUGCAAAUUUACCCAGGCCGUCAAACAUGAAAGCUAUUGGAAGUCAGGGUGUUGCAGAUCAAAAUCAUUGCAAUAUUUGUCCUGAUCAGAAACAAGAAAGGGAUGUGGAGAGAGAUUUCCUACAAAGAAAACAUUCAGACAUCUUGAUUUCUGGCCAUGAAAAUGUAACUGAUAAUAGAAUAGUAGACUGCCCAGAGGAAGAGGAGCAGGUCACUGCAACUACUUCAACUAAUGUGUCUACAUGUUACAAUGAAAAAGAGGAAUAUAGUGAUCUCAAUUCCACAGAUUGUCAAGAUAGAAUUACAGGACUGUACAAGCAGGACAAAUUUGAAGUCCUGAAAAUGGAGAAAACAGAAUCUGAUUCAUUUGAUGAGCAGAAUACCGGAAUUCCCAACUGCAGUAACAGGGGUGAUGAAAAUUUACAGACUGACUCUCAUGAAAAAGAAGAAAUUAUGUCAAACACUUCUCAAUCAUCUAAUACGCAGAGUACUAAACUGUCAGAUUCUAAAGAUUGUAGUCAUGAUGAUGAAUCUUGUUUGCACUUAAAUGAGCACCAGUUGAAUCGAAACAAAGCUCAGGACAGUGUUUGUAGUAGCCCCACUCUGAUCAAUGAUUGUCAUUUGAUUGAUACCAGUGGCAAGAAAGAGCAACAUUUUGCUUGUCAUGCAGAAACCUGCUUAAAGUCACAUAGCCCCAACACAGAGGACAAUAUGCAUCCAGAAAAUCAUUUGACAAAUGCAGCCAAUAACAGAAACACACCUUUUCCCCAAGAUUCAAACCAUAGUUGUUCUGAUGUCACCAGAACCAGCCUCACUAUUGCUACUGUUGACAAAAAUGUGCAAAAUGUUGCUGAUCCUCCAGAAUCCAGUGUACAGAUGGACAAGUCAAGCGGAGAUCUAAAUCCUUGUCUUGAAAAUGAGUGCACAGAUCCAACGGAGAGGAAAUAUACAACCACCACCACUACAGACCCAAAGUCUAGUGACCCUGCUGUGUCAAGUGAAUCUUCCAUCUCGGAAUCCAUCUUAGAUGCAAACAUUCUCAAAACGAAAUGGAUGAGUGCAGAAAAGAAUACAAAUACAUCCUCUGCUCCAGAUCAGCAGCAGUCACUGGGUCAAGGUCCAUUGAUCCUACCACCUCAAAGUCUUACUGGAGAUACUGACAAACAUGGAAAUGCACCCUCUUCUCCAGAUGAGCAACAGUCAGCAGAUGAAAGUCAAUUGGCCAAACAACCUCAAAGUCUCAGUGGGGAUGCUGAUGAAAAUACAAGAGAGUCAUUGAAGGAAACUGACACACCUACAGAGGAACAGUCUGUGCUUGGCAGGCUGUAUGGUGAACCUCUGUCAAGAGAAGACUCAUCUGUCACAGGUGAAACCACACUUGACACAGGUGAAUGUAAUGAAAUCUCUGUGGGCACACCUGACAGGAACACCAUGGACUAUUCAGAACAAACACCUCAACUAAUGACCUCUGCACAACUGAGAAAACAUCUGCAGCCUGUUGUACUAUUAGAUCCCUUAGACUCAGUAAGUGGAAUGAGUAACCUGUAUCUCUGUGGAAUUUGCCAGUACAAAACAGACAAUGUUGAUGGUCUAAUUGAACACCAAAUUGUUUCUCAUUUCGUACACAGUUUUCAGUUUUGUAAGACAUGUAAUAUUUACCUGUUGAGGAAUGAGCAAUCAGACGAGCAUUUAUGUGUUGUCACCAAAAAAAGCCCUCAGCUCUCUUCUGAUACUAGCUUAAAGAGGAAGAGAAAAGGCAAACACAAAUGCGAUCGGUGCAAAAUUACCUUUAAAAAAUUAGUACAAUAUAUCAGCCAUAUGCGGAUUCACUCUGGCAUAACACCCUUUAAGUGCAGUGGAUGUGGAUUAUAUUUUUCACAGUCUUGUUCCCUCCGACGACACAAGCGUGUGCCUGGUAGAUGCAAGUCAACAAACAAAGAAGUUACAAAGUCUGAUGUAGUUACCAGCAAACCUGAAACACCACCACAAAAUAUUAUGGUGCAGAAGAAAACAAAUGCAAAUUUGUCAGAAUGUUACGUAAAUCUUGUUGAUAUCUUUAAGGCUAAGACGUGUUCCUUAUGUGAUAAACAUUUCUCAACUGUUAAUCAGGCCCAAAAACACUAUUAUAAUCUUCAUAUGGGAAAGAAUUUGAAAGCCUCAUCAAAUCAGAUCACCACAAAGGUCAGUUGUGAGCCAAUUCAUAAAGUAGGAGAUGGCAGGACAGCAGAAACAUAUAACUGUCCAUUUUGUCCACGGGUUUUCAAGUACUCCUUCAACAGGACUCGACAUUUGCGUGACUGCGUCAGAGAUUUAAUAAUUGGUGGCAAGGGAAAAGUUGGCAAAGCAUACUGCUGUCCCUUGUGCCACACGUCCUUUACUACAACAUCCAACCGAGCAAAGCAUGUUAAGACUGUUUGCUUUAGAAGAUAUCUUAAUCAGCUUUCAACAGAGAAUGGUAAAACAAGGCAAAAUGCUGAAGAGAAAAAAAAGAACGCUGAGCAGGAAACGCAGUCAAAGGAAACUGAGCAGCAAAUGCAGUCAGAGGAAAGUGAACAGAAAAUACGAGCAACCCCAAAUGAACAGAAAAAACGAGCAACCCCAGCUUUGAUAGCCCCCCAAAAUUUUCCACAAUACAAAUGCAAUCUGUGUCCAGCUGUUUUUUAUUAUUCUUCGGGGAAAUCCAGACACAUGAAGAAACACGAGUUGUUUAAACUCACAGGCAAAAUGUUCAAAUACAGGAAUACGCUGUUCUCUGUUAUGUCCAAACCACAAACUAUAAGAAGUACAAAGACUGAUGAGAGUAAAGUUAACGUGGAGUUGGCUGAUGACAAUGGCAAGCUUUCCCUGAGUUGUCGUUUUUGUGAAAAAAAGAUCAGUUCACAGCAGUUACUGAAGAAACAUGAGCGAAAUCACAGAGGUGAACGACCAUACCCCUGUCUGGAAUGUAAAAAAAGAUUCAAGAAACAUUGUCAUUUGAUGGUGCAUAAAAAUGUUCACAAGAGGAGGAUACAGUGCACAAUCUGCAAAAAGAUUCUUCCAACUAUUGGAGAGCUCAUCCAGCAUAGAGCUUUCCAUGGUAAAAAGGGAAUGCUUCAAUGCCCAGACUGUCCUCUUCAGUUUGAGUUUCCUGUAUAUCUUCAAAGGCAUGUGGAGGUCCAUAAAAAUAGAGAAAACAAGGAACCCCAGGAGAAAGAGCAACCAUCAUCUUCGCCACCACAAUUCUUGGAAUCUGUGAAACAGCCAAAUGAAUUAAAUCAACUACAGUGUUCCCUGUGCAAGGAGAUAUUUGAAGAAGCGCAUGCAUUGAGAAAGCAUUGUCUGACACACAUUACUGGGUCCUCAUCCAACCAAUGUCCAUUCUGCAGACAUAAAUUCUCUCAUCGCCGCUACUUAGUGCGUCACAUGAUCAUACAUACUGGAGACAAAUCAUUUUCCUGUACAAACUGUGGAAAACAGUUUUUCCGUCAUUUCUACCUUAAACUUCACAGAGAGAAGUGUUUGCCUGCUCAAACCCAAAAUGUUAAUACGGAGAGACUGUACAAGUGCUCCUAUUGCCCAAGGUCAUUUUCAAAGAAAGAUCGGCUGAUUAAUCAUCACCUAGGCCACAAGACAAAGACUCUCCUUAUGUGCUCCAGAUGUGGCCAGUACUAUGGAGUUAGAAAACUAAAUCAACAUCAGAGGGACUGUGGAGUGCCUUCAGAGAUCAAGGCCAGUAAUUUAAAACAAAGGAUUUCUCAUUCAAACUUGAGAGCCCACAAAAAGCCUUUACAGUCUAAAGCCCACAAGGUCCUGCAGUUGAAAUGCCCACACUGUACGCAGAGGUUUCGGUUCAAAUCACUACUGUUAAGACAUCUUGUUUCACAUACUGGUGUGCAACCCUACGCAUGUGUGCACUGUGGUCACAGAUACAGUAGUCAGUCAUUGUGUUUUCAGCAUGCAGCUUUAUGUGAUGGAGUUAACAAACGGGGACUAUCCAAUGGCAAAAGUGAUGCCGAAGCAAAUUUGCCAAGCAUGCCACCUCUCAGUGAGGCGACACAGAAGCAAACAGAAGGUAAAGCUGAGCUGUACAAGUGCAAAUUCUGCACCAAGACUUUCACAAAACCACGGUACCUGAGGAGUCACAUUUUGACACACAAUGAAGUGAAGCCUUAUCGCUGCAAAGCCUGUGACAGCUGCUUUUCAAGGCAUGAUCAUCUUAAAGUCCAUCAGACUCAUUGCAAUGGGAAAAGAAGACAGCGAUUAGAAGUCCGUAUCCCAAAAAUCACUUUAAAUGAUGUUGGCAAGGGUUGGCAAAAUAAGUUUCCCAUUGAGUCAGCUGAAAAGCGGCCAACAUUUGAUUGUGAAGACUGUUCAAGAAGCUUCCCUACCCAGGCUACGCUCUCCCGACAUGUCACCAUGUGCCAUAUUACAAAACGUUUAAAGUGUGAACGCUGUGGUGGCUCAUUUGCUCAUGAAAAAUCUCUGAAGAAGCAUAAGAAGAGUAAGAAGUGCAGAAGGGUCUCAAUUGAAACAAAGGCCCCUUUACCACUGGAAACUAAUCCACCAUCAGAAAAGGUGAUGGAACCACUUGAUGUGGUGAGAAACAGAAUUGUAGACAGGAUCAAGCCUUGUUCCAACAAAAAGCACAAAUAUGUGUGUGGUUAUUGCCCCCGUACUUUUAACGACAGCCGAACAUUAGUCAUGCACAUCCGCCUGCACACGGGAGAGAAGCCACAUGCCUGUGAGCAUUGUGGUGAACGAUUUAUAAGGAAGGAUUAUGUGCUGCGUCAUCUUGCAAAGUGCACCAAGAGAGAACAGCAAGUCACAGUGCUCUGUGAUAGAUGUGGAGGAUUAUUUUCUAGAGCCAACCUUGAAGAUCACAAAACUCAAUGCUCUGUAAAACCAAGUGUAACAGAGGCAAAAGACUGCCAAAGUCAACAGUCAGCCCCACAAAGCUCUCCAAAAGGAUUUUCUUGUGCCUACUGUAGUUCCCGUUUCCUGCUGUUUUCACAGCUCCAAGAGCAUUUUGUAAAUGCUCACAAGCUGGAAACCAUGGUUACACCUCUGUCUACAGGAUCCCUACAACACCACCUGUCAAAUAUACCUAAUAUCAAAGAAGAGCCUUUGGAUGAGACCUGUGAUGAACAGCUUAGUCAUAGUGUCAAUUUAACCUGUAAAUUAGACACAGCACUGGAAACGCAACUUGUCUGCCCAGAUUGCAAUAUGACCUUUUCAAACAAAGCUGGACUAGUUGGUCAUAUGCGAGUACACUCAAAGGAUCAAGCGUAUCACUGUCAAAUAUGCAACAAGGGUUUCUGGAACAGAAAUCUUUUCCGCAAUCACUACAGAAAAUGUAAAUUAGGACAAACUGAAGAGAGGAGUACAACUCAGCCGUUGGAAAGCCCUUUGAAAGCACAGAUUGAUUUCGCUCUGGACGAUUCUGUUUUGGUGUUCCAUGAAGGCUCUGCGGCAACUGGCAGUGGGGUUUUGCAGACCAAUUCUUUUUGCAAAGAUGAUCCAGAGGAAUCAGAAGUAAACAAGGUUCAAAGCAAGUACCAAUGUUCAGAAUGUGACAAAAGCUUCACAGAUGGCUUAUUGCUCAUUAGUCACCUUGAAGACCAUGGAAGAGAGGAACAUCAGAAAAAGCACAAUACAUGUUCAAAAUGCGGACGUGUGUGCUUAAGUCAGAGUGGUCUUGAAAAACACAUGAAGUUUCAUGGAAUUAGCCAAAAAUUCCCUUGCCCUGACUGCUCAAAGAUGUUUUACGUCUUGUCUGAUCUUGAAGUCCAUAGAACAAGUCAUGACAAAAAUAGACCUUAUAUUUGCAGACUUUGUAAUCAAAGGUUCUGGACAAGACCAUCUUUGCAUAAUCACUACAGAGAAGAGCAUCCAUCUGUUGCAUUUGCAUGCCCUUUCUGUAGCAAGUCCUUUUCUGUCAAAAAAUCACUGACAAGACACUUAAAAAAAUGUCAUCCAAAAGAGCACAAGGAUCUUGCGAGGACUUUAAAGCAAAAGAGUGGCAUAGAACAACAAUCCAGCAGUCAAGUUAGUACAGCUGAUGAAAGUGAUGAUGGUGGAAAAAACAGUGAAGACAGUGAUUCAGACUCUGCGCCAUACUUUCCAUGCCACGUUUGCAGCAAGACAUUUCCAACAUCAGAAAGCCUUGUGGAUCAUCAGCGAUGUCACUUGGGUGAAAAGCCAUUUGAAUGCGAAGAAUGUGGUAGAUGUUUUUUCCAGGCGUCUCAGCUGCAGCAACACCAACGUAUGCACAAGUCCGAAUUUCAGUGUCAGGCGUGUGGCAGGGGAUUUGUGACUCUUUUUGCACUGCGUACACACAAGCAUACUCAUGGCAAGAGCCGUCCAUACCGCUGUUCAAAGUGUGACUUUAGUUUUACGGGCCCUUCACAGUUAGCAGAACAUAUGACCACCCACCGUGAAGAGAACUUCCCAUGUGAUGUCUGCAAUCAAGUGUUUCUGUCAAAGACUAGUAGGGCUGAGCAUAGGAAAAGCCACUCAAAAUCUGAUGAUUGUCCCACAUCUUCAUAUUCAAGAGUAAAUAAUAAAAAGUCUCCUUCCUCUGAAAGCCCGUCAGUAUUCUCCAAAGAACUCAAAUAUCGCUGUGGUGUUUGUAAUAAGCGUUUCAAAGACCCAGAAGAUCUCUCAGAGCAUGGUUGCAUGGCAGCCAAAGAGCGCUCAUACUCUUGUUUAGACUGUGAUAAACAUUUUCUGCAUGCUUCUCAUCUGAAAAAGCACAGGAACACACAUCAUCCAUCAUGGUCAAGUACUGAAUAUCCAUGCAAUCUGUGCAACAGUAGUUUUGCCUCCCCUCAGUACUUCCUCAGCCAUCUUAAGACCCAUAUCAAUCCUACAGAUGUUGAAGGUAAAAACAGGCAGCCAUUGCAAGAUUACAUAUGUCCAGUUUGCCAUUUAUGUUUUACCAGUGUCAGUGAAUUGAUCGGGCAUUUCCCUACACAUCUUGCAUCUACUACUGAAUUUGAAUGCACGGAAUGCAGCCAGACCUUUUUAGGAAGCGAGGCUUUCCGCCAGCACCACUGUUCUCAUCAACAGCAUGAAAAAAUUGAGUCCAAAUACUCAGCUAAAGCAUCUCCUUCACCUUAUUAUGAAGAAGCAGUAGAUGAGGAGGAGGUUGAUGUCACUGGAGAGGACUUGCACAAUUGCCCAAGUUGCACAAUGCAGUUCUCCUCCAAAAGCAGUCUCUUGGAACAUCAAAAUAAACAGCACCUAAAUAAUAAGCCAUUCCAAUGUGGGACCUGUGGAAAAACAUUUGCAUUGCGGCGGUACCUCAGAAGGCAUGAGCUAAGGCACCAAACAGCGGUUAUGCAGUCGAAUGAAAACGGCCUCAAAUGUACCCAGUGUGACAGCAAAUUUGAUACACCCCGUGAGCUAUCUUUGCAUGCAAAGCUGCAUACAGAAACAGAAGUUGGACAAUACCGUUGUGAUAUGUGCUACAAGUCAUUCAGCCAAUGGGCUCUUCUUAAACGCCACCAGGAAAGUCAUGUAGGUGAAGUUGUGUAUGAAUGCACAGAAUGUGACAAAGCCUUUGCUUUUCCUCACCUACUGGAGGAACAUCAGCAGACUCAUGCUGGCUCCUCUCAUUAAUGACUGUAAAAUACCAUGUACCGUAUCCUCCCCUUAAAAUAUCUGUACAUACCCUUGUAACUUCAAGUUGAAUUUACCUCAAUUUGCAAUCCCAAUCCAGAUGCUUUUUUUGGGGAGGGGGCUGAUGUAAGAAUAUAAAGCUUGUCAUGCUGUGCUACUAUGACAGAGUAUCUUCAACUUGCUCUAUUGACAUUGUGUAUGUAUGUAUGUACAGAUUAACAGUUCGAAUAUUGAGAUAUACAUACUGUACAUUAGCCACAUAUUCUCUUGACAGUGUUUGUAAAUCUUGUGACAAAAUUUGUUUGUGAACAGUGCAAACAAAGAAUGAAUGCCUUGGACAAAGGCCACAGUUUCUGAUCAAAUAUGAUCGUUUCUGAUUUUUGACAUUUAUUUUAAAAUUGAUUUGUUGUAAAAUAGAUUUCAAACUGGUUGUUUUUACUGGUAUUUUCUAUGGCAUGACAUGUACAAAGGUAAUUUUGUACUUCUCAGUUCAUGUUUCUGUGUUGACCAUAGGUUUAUUUUUUGAUAUUGAGGGGUAUCUUCUACAGACACUCAAAAGAUUUAUUGAGUUAUUGAAUAUCUUUUUUUCAAAACCCUGAGGAUGUUGGUUUUCAUACUGAAUUGAAUUGAUGUUUUCAGUUGAUAAAAAGUUCAAUAAAA